AAUACGCCGCGGUCAACAUAAAGUCGAACACCUCCUCGGCCUCCCUUUCCAAUACACUCUCUUCAAUGGCCUCCUUCGUUCCCGCUGAGUCUAACCCUACUCGCGACGCCGCCUUCUCCAAGGCCUUGCACGGCAGCGAUGCUACCGACAAGCGCGGUUUCGCGGCAAUUCUCGGCAAGGACAAACGCGCGACCGAGGCUGAGGUUAGCAAUUACUUCGACUUCUGGGACAACAAGACUCCUGGUGUCGAGACCGAGCAGGACAAGAAGGAUCGUCUGGACCGUUACACCACCCUCACUAACGCGUACUACAACUUGGCCACCGACUUCUACGAGUACGGAUGGGGUUCUUCUUUCCACUUUUCGCGAUACUACAAGGGUGAGCCUUUCUACCAGGCUAUUGCUCGUCACGAGCACUACCUCGCCUUGAAGAUGGGUUUGAAGGAGGGUGACAAGGUCCUCGACGUUGGAUGUGGUGUCGGUGGACCCGCUCGUGAGAUCUGCUCUUUCAGUGGAGCCAACAUCACCGGUCUCAACAACAACGACUACCAGAUCGCCCGUGCGACCAACUACUCCGCCAAGCGUGGUCUUUCCCAUAAGCUCAACUUUGUCAAGGGUGACUUCAUGAACAUGCAGUUCAAGGACGAGACCUUUGAUGCCGUUUACGCCAUUGAGGCUACUGUCCACGCUCCUACAUUGGCUGGUGUCUAUGGUGAGAUCUUCCGUGUCUUGAAGCCCGGAGGUGUCUUUGGUGUGUACGAGUGGGUGAUGACCAACGACUACGAUGCUUCCAACCCAGAGCACCGUCAGAUCGCUUACGGUAUCGAGCUUGGGGACGGUAUUCCCCAGAUGGUCAAGGCUUCCGAUGCUGUGGAGGCUCUUAAGUCUGUUGGUUUCGAGAUUCUCCACGAUGAGGACCUUGCCAACAAGGGUGAUGAGAUCCCAUGGUAUUACCCCAUUGCUGGUGAGUUGAAGCAUGUUAGAAGCUUGGGCGAUUUGGUCACCGUUGGACGUAUGACUAAGGUGGGAAGGUCUGUGGCUCACAAGUUUGUCGGCGUGUUGGAGAAGGUCGGUUUGGCUCCUAAGGGAUCCCAGAAAGUUGGUGAUGCUUUGGCUACCGCUGCCGAUGCUCUGGUUGAGGGUGGAAGGAAGAACCUUUUCACUCCCAUGCAGCUCUACAUCUGCCGUAAGCCUGAGUCCAAGUAAAGGACGUAAGGUUUGUGCAUCUUGAUU